AUGGCCUCCAAGGCAAUUGCGAAGGCUGCGGCUGGCGGUCUCGUGGAGAUCUCUCAGAAGCACACCCUCCAGUCCACAGGCAUCUGGGAACGCAUCCGCCGCUCCCUGGCCAUCGACCCCAACCGCUCCUCCGGCGUGCCCUUGAACCCGACCUUCCGCAACCCGACACCGGGCGCCAACGACCCCCUGGCCUACGACGACCCCGUCACCGUCCCCGCGGGCGACAUCGCCGACAACCCAUACUGGAAGCGCGACGCCCGCCGUAACUACCCGGCCAUCAGCGUCGUCAGCCAGGCCGACGUCGUCGGCCUGCUGGCCGUCGGAUCCGCCGCCAACCCGCGCGUCGAGCUCAUUGGCGAGGCGGGCGAGAAGGCGCUCGUCGCGGCCAAGGAGGAGGGCAAGACCACGGGCAUCGCGGCGUACCUCGAGAAGAACGCCGCGCAGGGCGCCGUCGAGGCGAGCAAGGAGGCGCUGUUUACGAAUGGGUUGCCGCCGACGCCGAGUGGUGAGGAUUUGAAGAGCGGAAAAUGGGAUGUGCACAAGUACAAGGUCAACGAGGAGCAGACCUACGGCGAAGGGUGA